AGUCCGUCAGUCAGUCCGUCGGUCGUGCGAGUGGCGGCCGGUGUUUCUGCGCGCGCGGCGUCUUCCCUCGGCGGCCAUGGCUCUGCUCUGCUACAACCGGGGGUGCGGACAGCGCUUCGACCCCGCGGCCAACACGGAGGAGUCAUGCAUAUAUCAUCCAGGAGUACCUGUCUUUCAUGAUGCUCUUAAAGGCUGGUCAUGCUGUAAAAGGAGAACAACAGACUUUUCUGAUUUCCUAAGCAUUAUGGGUUGCACCAAGGGUUUCCAUAAUAGUGAGAAGCCUCCAGAACCAGUCAAACCUGAAGUGAAAACUACCUCUGAACGAAAAGAAUUAGCUGAUCUGAAACCUAAAUUUCAAGAGCACAUAAUUCAAGCACCAAAGCCAAUAGAAGCAAUUCAGAGGCCAAGUUCUGAUGAACCGAUGAGCUGCUUGCAGAUGAAAGUAUCACCUUCUUUGAAACAAGCAUUAGAAAAGCUAAAACUAUCAUCGGGAAAUGAAAUAAGAACGGAAGAUGAUGGUGACGUGAUAAAGAUUGGGACUACGUGCAAAAAUGCCGGCUGUUCAAAGACAUUUGAAGGACCAGACAGCAUGGAAGACCUGUGCACGUACCAUGCUGGUGUGCCUAUAUUCCAUGAAGGGAUGAAGUACUGGAGUUGUUGUAAGAGAAAAACGACAGACUUUAAUACUUUUUUGUCUCAAGAGGGCUGCACAACAGGAACUCACGAAUGGAUUAAGAAGGAUGCCGGGAAGAAGGUGGUCCCAUGCAGACACGAUUGGCAUCAAACUGGAGGUGAAGUGACUAUUUCAAUCUAUGCCAAGAAUUCCGUUCCUGAACUUAGCCGGGUAGAGGCAAACAGAACAUUAUUAAAUAUCCAUAUUGUGUUUGAAGGCGAUAAGGAGUUCAAUCAGAAUCUGAAUUUAUGGGGUGUGAUUGAUGUGAAAAGAAGUUAUGUAAAUAUGACCGCUACAAAGAUUGAGCUCACCAUGAGGAAAGCUGAGCCCAUGUUAUGGGCAGGCUUGGAACUCCCAGUAUCCAAAUUGCAACACAGAGAGCCUCAAAACAUUGCAGAACAAGCUUGAAAUUGGAGAGUCUGGGCUAUUGUGCCUGGUGAAAUGGUGACUUGCUGUUUUAACACAAACUGAUUUUAUAGGCAGUCACUUUUUAAUACUUCUCAUUCCAGCUCAAGCAAAGUGCAUGGCUUUUUAGCGGUGCGGUGGAUCACUGGUUUUGUUGUACUGACUCCUUAAUUUGCCCAAUUAUGGCUGAUGCUUGUGGAAACCUUGCAAACAUCAGAAUUUUCUCUGCCGUCUUAUCGUAAAGGACGCAUGUUUUCAUUGGCCCAAACCAAAUACAUCUAGAGCAGUGUUUCUCAACCGUGGCAACUUUAAGAAGGGUGGACUUCAACUCCCAGAAUUCCCCAGCCCACGGCUGGCUGGGGAAUUCUGGGAGGUGAGGUCCACCCCUCUUAAAGUUGCUAAGGUUGAAAAACAUUGAUCUAGCUGCUAAUCUUCUCUAGCAUCUUCCAAGAAGCAGCAUCUUGUAUAGUGAAAAUUCAGGCUAAUUUUCCUAAUGUAGUUGGAUACUUGCAACCCUUCCUGUUUCUAGGUCUGUAGCAAGGAUAGCACAAAGGAUUAUUUACUGUGUAUCUGUGUCAUCUAUUUUUAUGUUAAUCAGUGCAGAAAUGGAAUGGUAGAAAACAGUCUGACAAUUUUAGAUUUGUCUGUGCGUAAAGUUGGUAAUUCUUCUCUUCUUUAUUCCUUGGAAUUCAGGAAAUAUAUUGCUGUCAGUGAAUUGUUAAGCUACCUCUCUGCACUUAUUCAGAAAGCUGAGGCUUUCCAAGGCACUAAGAUAGCUAAAGCAGGCAUUGCAAAUGUUGGGUCCUUGAGCAGUUUUCUCAUGUGCUUCUCUUAGGCCUACCUUCUGCCAUAGAGGAAAUAAGCAGAUGCAAAAUGCUCAAGUAUUUGUCUUGUGGUUCAACAUUUAUAUUUGCAUAUCUGGGACUGAUUUUGAUGGCUGUGCUUUUCUGAUCAGUUUUUCUGUCUCCUUUGCAUUAAAGCAAAUAAGGCAGUGUUUUUCAGCCUUGGCAACUUUAAGCUGUGUGGACUUCAACUCCCAGAAUUCCCAGCCAGGGAGGGGAGUUGAAGUCCAUACAACUUAAAGUUGCCAAGGCUGAGAAACACUGAAAUAAGGCAUCUCGGUAUGCUGAGACUCUGCUGUAUUGUCUGUUACCCUGUCAUACCUAUAUAUUUUGGUUUGCUACUUUCACUCAUUCCAGAAGUGUGGGUUUUAAUGGGAGUGGGGGAGGCUGGGAGGGCUGAAAUAUAUAAAAUACAUGUAAAAUGGCCAGUUUCAUGCAAAACCAGGAUCUUUGUAUAAAUUGUGAGUUGCGUGGCAGAAUAAGUUACUGUAGUCAGACUGAACUUUUUGUAUACUUGAACAUGGAGCAAGCUCCUAUAUACUUGAACAUGGAGCAAA